AUGCCUGCCGAUGUAAUUGGUUAUUUGUAUGCAGCAACAGUUGCUGCUGGCGGAAUUAUGGGCUUUGUCAAAGCCGGUUCCGUUCCUUCGUUGGGAGCUGGUCUCGCUUUUGGAGCUAUAUUAGGAUUGGGAGCACAUUUCAAUUCACAGGAACCACCACGUCCCCUAUUGCAAUUCGGUACAUCGCUUGUUUUGGCUGGCGUUAUGGGUGCACGAUUCCACAAGUCGGGAAAAAUGAUGCCAGCCGGCAUGAUUUGUCUGAUUUCGAUUGCAGCAUUAGUACGCAAUGUUGUGACAUAUAAUCGUUACUUGCCACUUCCAGGAAGGAAUUAA